AUCCAUGUAGUAAUAACUACAUUUGUACUCUCUUACUCAUUUUCCUCUCCUUCAUGCCACACACACACACACACUGUUUCUCUCUUUCUUAAUGAGGCCUUCAGGGGAGAAAGCCAACUUGUUGCCACCAGGUUUGGUUUCCAAUCUUCAGGAUGUCCUUUCCAACAGAAAGGGCAAGGGUCCUGCAGCCUCUAACAACAAUGAAGAUGGUUCCAACGAACUCAUAUCGGUUUCACAUGAUGAUGAUACGAGGCCUGUGGUUAUGGUUACAAAUGCUGAUGGAAUCGAAUCUCCUGGUCUCACCUAUCUUGUUCAUGCACUCGUUCGUCAAGGACUCUACAAUGUCCACGUCUGCGCUCCUCAAUCAGAUGAAUCAACGUCAAGCCACUCUUUUACUCUGAAAGAAACCAUAGCGGUUACUUCGACUGAGAUUCAUGGUGCUACUGCUUAUGCAGUUACUGGCACUCCUGUAGAUUGCGUUUCAUUAGCCUUGUCUGGUGCACUGUUUUCCUGGUCAAAGCCUGCGCUGGUCAUAAGUGGAAUUAACAAGGGCUCGAGUUGUGGCCAUAAUAUGUUUUACUCAGGCAUUGUAGCUGGCGCAAGGGAGUCGUUAUUUAGUGGUGUGCCAUCUAUAUCAAUAUCACUUGACUGGAAGAAGGAUGAAAGCCAGGAAAGUGAUUUCAAGGAUGCCGUAGGUGUUUGUUUACAGUUGAUAAAUGCAGCCCUUAGAGAUAUUGAGAAGGGAGCUUUUCCCAAAUGUUGCUUGCUGCAUGUGCAAGUUCCAAAGACUCCUCUGACAAACAAGGGUUUCAAAUUGACCAAGCAAAGUCACUGGAGCCUUAAGCUUUGCUGGCAAGCUAUUUCAGCAAGCAGGAAUCCUGCUGCUGGACGUUUUGUUCCCAAUCAGCAAAGCCUUGGACUACAGCUUGCACAACUUGGACGAGAUGCUUCUGCAGCGGGUGCCGCUCGUCGGUUAGCCACUCAGAAAAACAAUAUAGAGGAGGUUGAAUCUGUUGGUGUAGCAGGGAAAUCUGAUCCCAACCGGAAAGCCAAGUACUUCAGAUUGGAGUUACUUGACAAGAAGCAGGAAGAAAAGGAUGAGGAUUUAGAUUUUAGAGCUCUUGAAAAUGGCUUUAUAGCGGUCACUCCAGUGUCUCUUGUGAUGCAUGUAGAAGCAGACGUUCAUGCAGCUGCUUCACAGUGGAUUUCUACUGCGUUACAAGUUGAACAAUGAAAUUCAUCCAGUCACACUUGAGCAGUUACCUUUUGUACAUCUCAAGAUGAAAUUUUUCGGUCAUAUAUGCAAAAUCCUCAUAGGAUCAUAUUGGUGAUCCCUUGAUUGUGGAUUGGUUUUUCCUAUUACAUCAUCCUUUUAUAAUUUGAAGUGAAGCUAGUCCACCCCCAGCUGUUGAUUCAGAAGUGCCCUAUUUUUUUUGCUUGAUACUACAAGUAGUGGUUAGGCAUGAUGGUUAGGUUAUUCUUUUCUACCUUGUAAACAGAAAAACCAGAUCAAAUAUAGUGAAAUGUUGUUUCUUGGCUGA